AUGGAGCGUGUAUUGGCAGGCGAAAAGUGGUACCACGGUCUGUUGCCCCGUGAGGACAUCAAGAUGAUGUUGCGCAACAAGGGCGACUUCCUCGUCCGCACCACCGAGCCCGUCGCUGGCCAGCAGCGCGCCUUCGUCUUGUCGGUGAUGUGGGACCCGUCGCGCGGCGAGGACCAGGGCAUCAAGCACUUUGUCAUCAAACAACACGAAGGAGGGAAGGUGUCGAUCGAGAAGUUCACGUUCGACUCGAUCUCGGCAAUGGUCGACUACCAUAAGAAGCAGAAAGAGAGCAUCUCCAAGUCGAAUGAUGUCCUCCUCACCACCCCCAUCAAUCGACAGCCAUGGGAGCUCAACCAUGCCGAUAUCGAGUGCACCAAGAAGUUGGGAGAGGGCGCUUUUGGAGAAGUGCACAAGGGGAAGCUCAAGCUCAAGAACGGCAAGACGGUCGAUGUCGCUGUUAAAUUGGCGAAGCUCGAGGUGCUCACCAAGGAGCAGAUCAAGGAGAUUAUGCGCGAGGCGCGGCUGAUGCGCAACUUUGAGCACCCGCACGUCGUCAAGUUCUACGGCGUGGCCGCCGGCCAGGAGCCGCUGAUGGUGGUGAUGGAGCUGGCGAACCAGGGCGCCCUCGACUCGUUCCUCCAGAAGAAUGCCUGCCCCAUGGAAAAGAAGCUCGAGAUGAUCGUUCAGUCGGCGUGGGGCAUCGAGUAUCUGCACCUGAAGGAGGUGCUCCAUCGUGAUAUCGCCGCCCGAAACUGUCUCUACGGUGACAACCGCGUGAAGAUCUCCGACUUUGGGUUGACCCGUGAGGGUACCGUAUACCAGAUGGACCCCCAUCGUCGUGUUCCCAUUCGCUGGCUGGCCCCGGAGACGCUGCGCAACGCCAUCUACACGCAGAAGACGGACGUGUUCGCCUACGGGAUCAUGUGCUGGGAGAUUCUGAACAACGGCGUCGAGCCGUACCCCGGGAUGACGGUGGCCGAGGUGAACGUCAAGGUGAAGGAGGGAUACCGGAUGGAUCUGCCACCGGAUAUGCCGCCCGACGUCAAGCAGAUUAUCGAAGUGAAGUGCUGGUCCGACAACCCCAAUGACCGCUUCACCAUGAAGGACAUCUCCAAGGCCCUCGAGCGUAUCCUGAAAGUGGACCGGAAGAAGAUGGAGGAGCUGACGACGAAAAAGGGAAACAGCGGCGAGAAUCGGACGCGGAUCACACGCCAC